GCUCGAAUUUUUAACGACGGAAAAACUUUAAAAAAUGGAUGUUACAGAAAUAUUUUCUCCUAUGAAGAAAGAAGAUGACUCAGGCCAAGGCUUUCGUUUUGACAAGUCUCUCCAGGAACUGAGAGAUUUGCGGUCUCAGCUUCAUUACGCUGCGGAUUACUGUAAAACAACGUUUUUGAACACUGAAGAUAAGAAAAUUGUGGUGGAAACCACAAAAGAGUACAUAUGCAAGGCAGUCGUCACUUUUGUUGAUCAUCUGGGGAACGUCUCUGCUAAUCUAAAUCACUCCAUUUCCCAGAGUGAUUCAUUAACUGAGGCAGAGCUCCGCAUCAAUAGCCUCCAACAAAGACUUUUUUCAUGGGAACAAUUUGCUCACAAGCUUGCUUUAACCAGAGUCAAAUGGAACCCGAUUUUGCCGAGACAUCACAGACGUUAUUUAUCUGCACCAACAAUGGCAACUGUGGAGAAAUCAUAUGAAAACCCAAGGGUCCCCGUUGCUGCAAGUCCUGCAAAACUCAUAAACAAGCAUGAACUUGACGCUGAUGGAGUCCCACUUUUCUUAUUCACUUGUACAGACAAGCCUUCACUAUCCAAGAGUCCACCUCUCAAAUCUUAUUUUGAUGAAAGUGACUCUGAUUCUACAUUGGUGCCUGUUCGUGAUGGCCUUUCGUUACUAUCAAAGGGUUCAAGUCCUGCAUUCCAUUUCCAGCAAGGAAAUAAAAAACUGGGACGCAAAGGCUUGUACGGGAAAGUAUUUCCGAGUGGUGAUAUAUUAGCUUUCUUUCGACGGGCAAGAAGAGCAGCUGCUCGAUAAAAAAAAAAAAAAAAACCCCAAGGCAAAUUCAACGUGUUAGCUUCCGCAUCUGGUUUUGGUUUUUAGCUUAUCAUUUGAUGUAUUAAAUAACUUGUAUGGUUAGUUUUAGGUUCAACAUAAUGACGAAUA